AUGGCGGACAAUAACAAUAAUUUUCGAUUGAUUCUGAGUAUUUUAUUAACCAGUCCUCCGAGGAACUUUAAACGUCAUGAAGCUGUUGCCCUUAUCGAAGAUGACACCUAUAACAUACGAAGUGCAGACAUUUUCCUUCAACCUCCUGGAGAUGGAACCAAUUCCGACGAAGAUAGCGGAGAUGAAGACCACAGUGUUGUAAGCUAUGCGGAUGUUGAUAUUGAAUUACUCUCUGGGGAAGCUGUGACUAUUAGAUCAGAUGGAAACAUUCCUGAAGAUGACAGCAUUGAAACAGUUCUGGAAGAUGGUCUAACCGUCCUUCAUACCAAAUGCCCCAGCACAAUGGCGGAAAGUCAUAUACCCAAGAAUUUAGGUUGUCAGAGAUUGUGGGAAGAGCCAACACCUGAAUUUCUGCUUGAAGCCCAUUCGCCUUCAACUAUAUUUGAAUGGUUUUUUGAUGAAGAUAUUGUCAGUUUGAUAGUGACAGAAACCAAUAAAUAUACAAGUUGGAUACCCGAUGUUGGCGAUGGAAGUGUUUUAAAAGAACCGUUGAGAAAUCUUGCAAAUGAUGCUGAUUUAGCUAGAGUGAGAGUUGUUGCUCGAAACACAAUAGAAAGAGUAGCACGAGCAGCUAAUCAUGGAUUCGAAAAACGAGUACUUCAGUAUAAUAAUGUUGUUGAGAAUAAUAGGUGGGGUAAUUACGUAAAUUGGAAAUUAUAUCCUUUAUUCGGUCUGAUGGAACACAGAAAGGUUUCCAUAGGGUUACCAUAUAAAGUUCAUCUACAAAGAGAAAUCAACGAUGAUAAGAUAUUCUUUGGAGAGAAUGGUUCAGAUGCAAAAUUAGAAAAAACGAAUCUCCAAGUUUUCAUACCCGUAAUUACACCAUCAAUUGAAGUAGAAACGAGAAUAUUCAACUCAUUAACUAAAGAUAUUGAAAUAGCUUUUCUUCAUCGUAAUAUGGUAGUCAGAGAUGAUAUAGACUUAGAAAGAAUUGACACAAAUGUAAAAAAAGGUGGAUUUAUAUUUUCCAUUCCUUUAAUAUUUGCUGGUCUUACCGCGGCGGGUGCAAUAGCUGGUGGUACAGCUGCUGGAGUAAGUUUUGCCAACGAAAAGAAAGCAGCAGAAGUAACAGCUGCCGAAGAACAUAGAUACAAUUUAGAAAGGGAAAAGCAAGCAAAGAUAGCAGCUACUGCAAAGAAUGCAGCUGAUGCAAAAAAUGUUCAGGAGUGGGAGAUAUGA